AUUCGGUUUAAUGGUGUUUUCAAAACAGGAGUUUUACACACAAAAUAUUAAGAGUAAAGAGACAUGUAUAACAGAAAUAAAUAUCUUUCAGUUUCGAUGUACUUUUCGACUCUGUUAACUAUUUGGAUGUAUAUACUGUCAUUGUCACCAUUGCAGCGCUGCUUUGGUAAGUCCGAUCUGAUUUUUUUUUUAAAUAACCAUCAUAAAGCAUCGUAAACACAUAUAAACUGAAUAAAUUCUCAGGAUUUCUUAAUCUUAUAUAGAAAUUGAAAUAUGUCCGCAUAAAGAGUAAAUGAAAAUAUUUAUCAGAAAAUAAUGUUAAAUAGUUUUCUAUAUUCGAUGGUUCUAUUUAAAUGUAAGACGCAUGUAUACUCUGAAAUAGCGUCUUCUUUGCGAUAUGUUCUGGUUAAAGGCUUAGUAAAACGAAGUCUAGCAUUUUAAUGCAAUGUUUUAUUUUCUAAACACGUAUUUCUAAUGUCCAGGCAAUCCCUCGCUAUGCAACAACCAGCAAACCAUUGUGUUUCUCGAGGCAAAGCUCGGCACAGAUGCUAGAGCGUCAAUCUGUUUUGUCGGCAACGGCACACGGAUCAAAAAGUUUGAUUUGGCGUAUAACUCAAGAUGGAUUCGACACGACGGAAGUGACGACAAGAUCAAAUUUGUCAUUAUUCGAAACCCAUCUUUUCCAAUCCACUACACGCUCAACCUGACUGUCAGAAAUAUCGCAGUGUAUGAUUAUGGCAUUGUGGACAUCACUUUACCCAUCGCCGACAGACAGGCGCUGCAUUUUAAAAUGGGGAUAUUUUCUGACGGCAAGUCUCAGUAGUGCUUGAAAAUAAAUAAAUAAUUCAUUGAUCUGUAGAUUGGAUUUGUAGUAUUUACAUGUAUACGUUCAUCUUAAUCUAUGUUAUGAGCAAUUACCAAACAUAAUUAUUGAUUUCAAUUCCAGGCAGAGGAAAUGUUACCUUUAUUCAUAAC